CACCAUAAAAUAGGAUACAAUACUAUCCAUGGUUAUCGUUUGCGUCCAAGCGUUUUAGUAGCUUGAUGAACUGUCGUGUAAAAUGUUGUUGCAUUCGCCAUUAAAGUUAUUGUCCAUUUUUGCUGUGAUGUUAUUGUUAUUUCCGUUGUAUGCUACAGAUAGCAUUUUAGCAACUGUUCCAAACCUUGAUGUUCUGCUUCAUGAUGUUUUAUUUAUGGAGGUUGUCCAACCAGAGGCUAUCAGAUAUUCAUUCAAAAUCAGACCAGCAAAAAACUUUGGAGUUAGCUUUACUAAAAAAUACCAUGGUGUGGAGAUGACAGUGGCUCAGCCUUACCAUGGAUGUUCACCACUGACAAAUGCUCAUUAUUUAGCUGGGAAAAUAGUUCUUUUGCAGAGAGGUGAAUGUUCUUUUGUAACAAAGUCAUUAAAUGCGGAGGCAGCAGGUGCCCUAGCGGCCAUUAUCACAGAUAGUGAUGUGACAAACGACCAACAUUUCAUUGACAUGGUGGACGACGGUACAGACAGGGUGGUGAACAUUCCUGCCACUUUCUUGCUGGGAAAAGAUGGACACAUGAUAAAAGACACUCUAGAACAAUUAGGGCUCCCAACUGCGGUGGUCAACAUACCCGUGAACAUCACAGGGACAGCCACCCAUAUUGUCUCUCAGCCUCCCUGGACUCUAUGGUAACCAUGUACAACUACAGCUCCAACCACCAACACCAACAUAUACCCACCUGUAUUUGAUGAAAUUUGGGCUUCAAAAUUUUGAACAUGCCAUGGUCAUUUUUUUUAUGUCAUGACAUGCACUAAACGUGUAAAAUACUUUACUAGUUUCUAUGCAAAGUUUGUGUUCAGUAUGCAUGCUUCAAAUAAACACAAUCAGGGAUGCCAUCAUGCCUAUGUUAUGUGCAAAACAAUAAUCUUUAUUUGUUAACAAUAAAUAUUUUGUGUUAUAUAACACUUGUGCAAAAGUAAUAUUAUGUUUUAUUAAAAUUGAAAUUAUUGCAACCGAUGUUCUGUUUUCUUAGUGCCUGGUGUCAAUAGUGUUGAAAUCCAAUAUCAUGUUAUUACCAGUGCUCCAGCUAGGCCAUAACAGAAAGGUUGCAGCAAGCUCUCAUUCCUGCCUUUUGGGCCCCCAUCAUACCCUUUUUAUUUAAUCACAUUAUUAUUCUGAAAAUUGUGUUUGAAGUUUCAAUAAAUUUACUAAAUGUUCACCUGAAAAAUCGAUUAAUUAAUUAACCCUUUACCACUUAGAUAUGUAUUUUGACGUGUUUGUUUGUAGUCCCUUUAAAAGUGACAUUUAACUAAAAGAACUUUCUUACUAGAUUCAAGUUUUUAAGGCUUCAUUUCCAGCCCUAAGAUACUGAUGAGCAGCAAACAGCAAUAAACCUGAACAGGCUUCGAUCAAGUUACGCACAGUCUGUUCUGGUUUUAUGCUGUUUGCACAUAGCAAUUUUGAAAUUUCCAAAAUCUGUUACAGGGAAUAUAAAAAUGAUUAAGCUCUAAAAUGCACUUUUGCCAAAAAGCACCCUGCUCUUUUAACCCUUUCAGUGCGGGAACCGAAUUUUAAAGGAAUUUGCAAACAGUUGGGAUCCAGAUGAGACGCCACAGAACGUGGCGUCUCAUCAGGAUCCAAACUGUUUGCUAUUCUGAUAGUAUUCUUUGAAAAAAAAUCGAAGAAAAUGCUAAUUUUAGAAAUUCAGCAGUCGACAUUUUUGCAGACGACAAAUUUCCCAGCAUGCAAAGGGUAAAAAUCCUAGCUAGAGCAGUUAAUUACUAAAAAGUGAAUCAUUUGUGAUAUUUUAUUCAUUAUAACAUGCAGAUUUGAUAUAUAGAGUUGUUGUUUGUUAGCAAGUUGAUGCAUUUGUUGGUAUUUAUUAACAGUUAUGAAUAUAAAGUAAAUAUGAGUAAAAAACACUAAUUUCAACUAAUCUUGUUUAGUUGUGUGAAUAGUAUAGUAAGAAUGUAGUUUAUGUGUAACAUACUGUCCACCUAUUCCUAUAUUUUUCUACUAUUCUUUAAUAAAACCUUUGUUAAUUUACAUUUCCAGUAUUUUACAUUUGACUUAAUGGUUUUCAAUAUAUGGUUAACAAAUAAGUAGUUGAACAGCUUAUAAACUAAGAUUAGUGGUAAAUAAUGUCUCAGUUAUGAACUGAUAGCACGAACAUGUUUUAUGUAAAUGUUUAUGAAAAACAAGCUGUCAUGCUUGUCAUGCUAGAAUUAUCAGCCUUCCUUAUCUCAUAAUGAGUAUUCUUUAACUAAAAAGUGUUGUUGUUUUAUUAAACAUAUCCACAGAAAUGUCAUAUAUAUUUCAUGAAAAUAUUUCAAUGUAGUUUCUAUAAUUUUAUGGAAUCUUAAAACCUGUUGUACAUUCAGUUGCUUUGACUUGUACACACGCAAUUGGAAAACUGUUGUGAUUCCAGUGAUUCAUUGUGUAUAUGUCUGGUAACAUAAAUUGCACAUUUGUGAUUGUUGUAAAGAUUUAAUGGCAUAUAGAAAGAAAUUUUCAGUUAAGUGUUCAACUACCAUAAUUACUCAAGUUUUCUUACACUUAAAAAUAAUUAAUAUCCAAAAAUUUAGAUACAAAAACUAUUCAAAAACCAUUCACAGGUGUCGGAAAAUUUAGAGACAAAUCAUACAGGUGUUCCAAAAGUUAGAGAAACUGUAAAAUAUUGCAUUGACGAUCGGCUAAGUGUAUGCAUUGUUAAAGUGUCAAUUAUUUCAACAAAUAAUAGCAUGUUCUUAUAAAAUAUCAGGCUGGAUAGUAUACAUUACUUGUAGAUAUGCUUUACUUAAAGCUGUUGGGUAAAACCAUUGAUUAUAAUUAUCAACAUACCUGUAGUUAUUUACUCAAUAACGCAAAUGUAAUGGUCCAUUGCCUUCUGGCAUUCAUCUGCCAAAUUGAGAGUCACAGAAAAUAAUUAUAGUGGCUAAAAUAGGGUUGUACAAAAAUACAGUGUCCAAAAACAAAGAGUAACUAUGGUAGUUGAAAAUUUCUCACCACUAUUAUGUAUUAACAUAAGCAAUGCCGUAAAGUACAUUAUCGGUAGCUUUAAGCACAAUUAAAUAUGUUUCUAAUGCCAUUGUCAUCUAGAUUGCACAAGUAGCUAUUCAUUUUAGUGUAUGCUAUUCUUUGCAUAUUGUGAUAACUGUGAUAUGGUGGAUUUUUGUUUCACCUUCUUUAGAUAAAUGCAAUUUACCUUCUUUAGAUAAUGCCAUUUGUAUAACUGUUUCUUUUAUGGUGAAGGUGAGUUAUACAUUUUUUAAUAAAAAUAUUUUUAUGUAGCCAUACAUAGACUAUUAUAAGAUAUUGAGUCAGGGAAGUUGUUAAUAUUUUCCUGGAUUGUACAUCUUUACGUAUGGUAGUUUGUAGUAUAGAAGCACAUAUUUAAAAAUCCAUUCUGAUGAUUCUUUAUUUAUUUUGCAAAUAGAAUAAUUAGAAGUUCCAAUUAAACGGAGCAUAAUUUGUACAGGUGUAUAUUGCUCUUGUAUGUGUUUGUAAAACCAUGCAAUUGUGUUUGGAACUGUUAAAAUGGUCUUUGCUUGUUAUUUAUGCAAUAUUUGUUUGCUGGUUGUAUUAAAACAGGCUCAGGAUUCCAGAUUGGAUUUGCACUUGCUCAAUGUUUUAAUGAUAAUGUACUAGGCAAUGAUCCCACUUUUUCAGCCCAUUUUACCACUAUUUAUUUAAGGCGAUUUGUUCAAUAAGAUUGUACUCAUUUAACCCAUUCAUGCCUAGCGUCCUGAAAAAAGGACAUUGCAAACAGCGUAGACCCAGAUGAGACGCCGCAUGAUGCGGCGUCUCAUCUGGGUCUACACUGUUUGCUUAAACAAAAUUCUGUUAGAAAUAUUCUAAAAAUAGAAAUUAAUAUACUUGACACCCCUAAUUUUGGAAAUAAAUUGAUCCAAUUUAGAAGGAUGGGAGAGUCCACUGGGCAUAAAAGGGUUAACAAAAUGAUCGUGGUCAUACCAUUCCUACGAGCCAUGAAUGUCUUGUAAGUUGUUAGCCUGUAUGAAAACGUUAAAUUGUUCAAGCUUUACAUGGAUGUUUACUAUUUAGUCUUGAAAUCGUAUAGCCAAAAUAUUGAUCUAAGCAUGCCAACUUUUUUUAUAAAUAAAUAUUUGCAAAAUUUGUUAAGUUAGUGCAUUGCUGAAACAAAUUCAUGUAUUUUCAUUGGUCCAAGUUUAUGUUCCAAUGGUAUACUUGUAUAGUUUUCAUGGUUUUGAUUGACUGCAAUAACAGGACAAAGACACUUUAAGGUAUUUUGUAUUCAAUAUUGUCUAUAUUUUUAAGAGUAAUUUCCUGUUGGUACAAACACGUUUUAAAUGUAUGUAUUUUGAUUGUAAAUGAAUGACUAUAUUUAAGUAUGUGUUGAAAUGUUUAGGAGUUACACUUAUCCAUAUUUUGUUUGGGAAUGUGGCAGAAUACAAUGCAAAGCAAAUCUA